AUGGUAACACAGAUUCCGUAAUGGUGAAAUUCGGUGUACCCACGGUGGCCGAAGCCAUGGAAUUAGGCCGAGAAGCUGCCGCAUUUGUGUCGGCCAAAUUUGUCAAACCCAUUAAUUUGGAAUUGGGAAAAGUCUAUUACCCCUAUUUAUUGAUCAACAAAAAGAGGUAUGCAGGAUUGUAUUGGACCAAACCUGAAAAGUUUGACAAAAUGGAUUGUAAGGGUAUAGAAACCGUUCGUCGUGAUAAUUGUCAACUCGUUGCCAAUCUUAUCAAUAGCUGUCGGCAGAAAAUUUUGAUGGAGCGAGAUCCGGAUGGAGCCUUAGAAUACGCCAAACAAACAAUUUCCGACUUGCUGUGCAACAAAGUCGAUAUCUCACUUCUGGUGAUUACCAAGGAACUGACUGAAACAGAUAAAGACUACGCCAGCAAACAGGCACGUGUGGAACUAGCUCACAAGAUGCGUAAGCGAGAUGCUGGUACAACCCCAAAAUUAGGGGAUCGAGUUCCGUAUAUCAUUAUCGGAGCUGCUAAAAAUACACCAGCCUACCUCAAGGCGGAAGACCCGAUUUUUGUCCCAGAACACAGCGUACCUAUUGAUGCCCAAUACUAUUUGGAAAAUCAGCUUUCAAAACCCCUUGUUUGGAUUUUUGAACCCAUACGUGGAUCUAAAGCGGAAUGAUUGUUGCUACAUGGUUACCAUACCCGGACGCCUUCAGUUGUUACUUCAACAAUUGGUGGAUUGGCUAGCUUUACCACACGCAAAUCCACCUGCUGGAUGCAAAACCGUCCUUCCAGACGAUAGUGCUGUAUGCAAACAGAUUUUGCAAGCCGAAACAAUCGGAUUUCUACCAGAGGGAAAUUGGCCAACUUUAUGCUCUCGAAGAGAAGUUUAAUCGUUUAUGGACAGAAUGUCAACGGUGCCAGGGAAAUCUCAACGAAGAGAUUCUUUGUUCCAACCGAGAUUGCCCCAUCUUUUAUAUGAGGACAAAAGUUAGAAAAGAUCUCACGGAAAAGGAUAAACUUAUGAAAAGAUUCGGCCUACCCUGACAACCGACCGCUCUCGUCAAUGAUGGUGCAUACAGGUAAUGGUUUGGCUUCU